AUGUCUAAAAUAUUUACACCAACAAAUCAAAUUCGCUUAACUAACGUAGCCAUCGUAAGGUUAAAAAAAGGUGGAAAGAGAUUUGAAAUAGCUUGUUACAGGAAUAAAGUUUUAUCAUGGCGCAACAAAUUAGAAAAAGAUAUUGAUGAAGUGCUGCAGACACACACAGUGUUUACAAACGUUUCCAAGGGACAGGUUGCCAAAAAAGAGGAUUUAGUUAAAAUAUUUGGCAAAGAUGAUCAAACUGAAAUAUGCAAAGAGAUAUUGGAGAAAGGUGAACUUCAAGUUUCAGAUAAAGAAAGGCAUUCACAAAUUGAUUCUCUAUUCAAGGACAUAGCCACAACAGUAGCUGAUAAAUGUGUCAAUCCUGAAACAAAGAGACCAUAUCCUGUGUCUAUCAUAGAAAAAGCUAUGAAAGAUAUCCAUUUCUCAGUGAAUGUGAACAAAAGUGCUAAACAGCAGUCCCUUGAUGUGAUACAGCUAUUGAAAAAAGAAAUACCGCUAGAGAGAGCUCAAAUGCGAGUAAGGAUCUUGCUUACUGGCAAAGAAGCUAGAAAAACAAAGGAUAAGGUUGUGAAACUUGCUAUGAGUGUAGAAGAAGAGAACUGGGAUUCUGGCACCGCUAAUAUCAUUUGCCUGAUUGAUCCGGGAAACUUCAGAGUUUUAGACGAGUUGGUUAGGACAGAAACUAAGGGAACUGGACAAUUUGAGCUGCUCAACUUAAAGGAAAUGGUUGAAGGAGAACAAGCAUUAUAA